CGCAAUUCGAGUAUCCCAAGAUUUGUUCGCGAAGGUCAACGAGCUAAGAUCUUUGAUCGCGAUUGUCGUGGCGCUUGACGCGCGUGUAGGUAUAAAAGAGAGACGCUCGAGAAAGGGACCUUAAUCAAAGUGAGCGGUUUAUAAGAGGGCGCCCGACAAAUGUUUCACUCACAGUUCAUCGAGGAGUCCCGCGAGUAAAAGCAAACGGGAUCAAGCAAACGUCGCUUCUUCAUUAUCUUGGCAUUUACGCGGCCUACCCUUUUCUCAAAAAUAUCUCGACCUUUUUCACGAUAUUCAUCAAAGAGUGCUUCGAUAUCUUGUCGGCGGAAACGAACGAAAAGAGAAAUCGGGAGUUUGCCGAUUUUACGAGCCGACUUUCUUCGUGUCCUUCCACGCUUCUUCUUUCAUUACGUAAACGACUGUUGUCGAACUAGGAGGAGCUAACAAACACGGUACUCGCGUGAUUAAAAUCGAUUCGACCGUUCGUAGUAAAUUACAUUUAUCGUCUAUGAUACCCGCGCGAAUGAAACAACGCCGUGGUGUUCGAAAAAAUCUAACUUUGUUCUCUUAUCUAACAAAAAUUUCUUAUCUCACAAGCUCGUAUUCUCCGAAUUAAUGUGUCUCUAAAGCGGCACAUCGCGGAUAUAAGAGGAAUCGCUGACCGAUUGAGUCAUCGUCGGCAAGAAAAAAUUUUUUUUUUCAUCGUUAAUUAACUAGAGUAGAAGGAGAAAAUAAGAUAGAACGUGCCGAUUUGUCGCGAAUGGAACGACAACGGAAAGGAAUCCGAAAUGCUCGAGCGUCCACAUUGAUAUCACGAAGACCAAGGAAAAUCGAGAAGAAAGAUUGACGGCGAAGCUCGAAGAGAUCACCUACUGGUAAAAAGAUCUGAAGGAAAUUUCAAUAUCUUUGCGUUAUCGUCAUGGCGCUCGAUAAAAGCGAGGAAAACCAAUCCAUGUUACGGUACAGUUCAACCAAUUAUACAAAAGUCGUCAAAGUUAAAGACGUCUACGAAGAUAUCGAAAAUAACAACAGCUGUUCAAACUUGGACGGUUCGUACAAGGUGGAAAAUGACAUAAUUCGAUACACGUCGAAUCGGAAAGCCGUCUUUGCGCAGUGUUUGGUAGCCGGUGCAGUUUUGCUAUUGGCAGCUGGUGCCGGAAUGCCCAUCGGUUACAGCGCUGUACUUUUGCCGCAAUUGUCCGUAGAGAAUGCGACUGUGUACGUGGAUCGUGAGCUUGGAUCGUGGAUAGCAUCGGUCCACAGUUUGGCGACUCCGAUAGGAUCGUUACUCUCGGGUCCCUUUCUCGAUACGUUAGGCAGACGGGGAUGUCUGCAAUUAUCCGCUGUACCACUUUGUCUCGGCUGGAUCGUGAUGGGUUUUGCGAAAAACAUUCCCGCUUUACUCGUCGGCCGAAUCGUAUCCGGUUUCGCGGUGGGAUUUAUGGGUGUACCGAGUCAGGUACUGGUAGGAGAAACCGCCGAUCCGGAACUCCGUGGAAUUUUAGUGGCCAGUGCUUUUGCGGCUUACAGUUUCGGUAUACUUUUGAUUUAUGCUUUUGGUGCAUCCUUCGAAUGGAACGUCGUUGCUUUUUGCGGCACCGUUUUACCCAUCGUUGCGUUUAUCUCGUUCUCAUUCGUACCGGAAAGUCCCGCUUGGCUGGUCAGAGAAGGAAAGAUCGAAAAAGCGAGAAGAGCUUUAUUGUGGUUGAGAGGAGGCGACGUAGAACAGAUGAACACGGAAAUUGCUAUAUUGGAAGCCAGAGCGAAACUCGACAUCGGGCAGAAAUCAUUAGCAACGUCGUUCGGUCGACGAGUCUCCUCGACGUGGUCCACUAUCGUUAGUCCUAACGUGCUCAAACCGUUGUCCAUCAUUAAUAUCUUCAACGCUUUGCAAUUAAGCAGCGGGACGUACGUAAUAGUAUUCUACGCGGUUGAUCUCGUACGAGACGUCGGUGGCAAGAACGUGGAUAGUUAUUUAGCCGCCAUAAUAACGGCAUUGACAAGAUUCCUUUUCUGUCUGCUAGCUUGCGUCUUGCUCCUUAAGAUCGGCAGACGAAGUCUCGCUAUUUUUUCAGCGAUAGGUACGAGCCUAGCUUCGCUCGUACUCGUGGCGUACACCUUGAUAAGGAAGGAAGAAUCCGACGUGGAUGCGUACGUUCUUGGUAUAUGUUUGUUCGCUUAUGUCGGCGCCAACACCGUAGGCUUGUUUACCCUUCCCGGCUUGAUGAUCGGUGAAUUGUUACCGCAAAACGCUCGUGGUAUCGCCGGAGGUUUCAAUUUCUUUAUUUUCAACUUUUUACUAUUCCUUGCGACCAAAUCUUUCCCAACGAUAAAUAAUGCGGUAGGCAUAACCGGUGCCUUUGCUAUUUUCGGAACGUCCGCGUUAUUAGAGGCAGCUUUCGUCUACGUUGCACUACCGGAAACGAAGAAUCGCACGUUAGAAGAGAUCGAGGAUUAUUUUCAGCAAAGUAAUCUUCUUUGGAUAACCAGAUCGAGAGAGCAAAGGCAGAACGAUGGAAUUAUCCUGAGGCAUUCUUAAUAUCCGCAUCGUUUCGCGCUACCGUGUGUAAAUAAACGCGUCUUUUAAUUUAUGUCAAUUUCGAGUAG